AAUUUGCUCGAGAUCGCUUCGUCUCGCGCAUUCGGCCGCUAGCGAAACGCGCGCGUUUUCUUAGCGUUUUCUGAACCGCCUGCCUUGAAGCGGCGAUUUUGUGUGCUUACAAGUGCUGACGCAAGUGCUGUUGAUCAUAUCCAAUCCAAUCCAAUCCAAUCCAAUCCAAGCCGAAUUGAAUCGAAAAACGCGCUGUGUUGCAUCACGAGUCGAGAAUGAAGAUGCAGCUUCGUGUGUUUAGCCUGGCUUUGAUCGCCCUAAGCCAGAGCUACUUUGCCCAAGCCCAGGGCUACGACUAUCCCCAACCAAAGGUGCCCUUUAACGAUGGAUACUCGUACCCCCAGCCAGCGAUUCCCUUCCCACCACCAGCCCCGAAAGCGGUCGUGAAUAGUGGCUACUCCUACCCACAGCCAGCCAUUCCGUUCCCACCACCACUGCCCAAAUACACGCCGCCGGUGCAGCAGAUCAUUCCGCAGGAGCCCAAGCUGGUCAGUGGAUACUCGUACCCCAAGCCAGCGGUUCCGUUCCCACCGCCCACGCAGCCACCACAAAUCAGGGUGACCUCUCCACCGCCCACUAAAGGAUACGCCUACCCCACGCCAUCGAUUCCUUUCCCACCACCCAGCAUUCCACCACCUCAACCGAAGCAAGGAUACGAUUAUCCCAAGCCCGUCGUUCCAUUUCCACCACCAACGAAUCCACCACCGCAGGUGAAACAGGGAUACGACUAUCCCAAGCCAGCCAUUCCGUUCCCACCACCCACUGCUCCGCCACAGAAGUAUCUGCCACCAGUGACCACCACUCCUGCUCCACCUCCGCCGACUGUGAAGUACCUACCACCACCGCAGGUCAAGCAGGGUUACGAUUACCCGAAGCCAGCCAUUCCAUUCCCACCACCCACGAACCCACCACAGAAAUACCUGCCUCCCGUCGUGCCCACCAGCCCACCUGUGCCCAAAUACAUUCCCCCACCCACUCCCACCUACAUUCAACCACCGCCAAAGAAGCAGGGAUAUGACUAUCCCAAGCCCGCCAUUCCAUUCCCACCCCCAACGGCGCCACCACAGAAGUACCUGCCUCCUGUGACCACAACUCAAGCGCCACCACCACCCAAGUAUCUGCCACCACCUCAGGUGAAGCAGGGAUACGAUUACCCCAAGCCAACCAUUUCAUUCCCACCACCCACGGCUCCACCACAGAAAUAUUUGCCACCUGUAACCACAACUCAAGCACCACCACCACCCACAGUGAAAUACCUACCUCCACCACAAGUCAAGCAGGGCUACGACUAUCCCAAGCCCGCCAUUCCAUUCCCACCUCCCACGAAUCCCCCACAAAAAUACUUGCCACCUGUUGUGCCCACAACUCCGCCACAGCCAAAAUACUUGCCGCCCGUAAAGCCGACCAGCCCGCCACAGCCAAAAUACUUGCCACCUCCCCAGGCCAAACUGGGUUAUGAUUACCCCAAGCCUGCCGUUCCCUUCCCCCCACCCACUAACCCACCACAGAAGUAUCUGCCACCUGUUGUGCCUACGACUCCACCGCAGCCCAAGUACUUGCCACCUGUGAAGCCAACAAAGCCACCGCAGCCGAAGUAUCUGCCACCCCCGCAGCCCAAGUCGGGCUAUGAUUAUCCCAAGCCGGCCGUUCCAUUCCCACCACCCACUAACCCACCACAGAAAUACCUGCCACCAGUGAUCCCAACUUCACCGCCAGUGCCAAAAUACCUGCCUCCCACAAACCCACCAACGCCCAAGUACUUGCCACCAGUCCAGGUAAAGCAAGGCUACGACUAUCCCAAGCCCGCCAUUCCAUUCCCACCACCCACUGCACCGCCACAGAAGUACUUGCCACCUGUUACCACCACUCAAGCACCACCUCCACCACCACCGCCCACGGUGAAGUACCUACCUCCACCACAGGUGAAGCAGGGCUACGACUAUCCCAAACCCGCCAUUCCCUUCCCACCACCCACAAAUCCCCCGCAGAAGUACCUACCUCCACCACAGGUGAAACAGGGCUACGACUAUCCCAAGCCAGUCAUUCCAUUCCCACCACCACCCGCCCCAAAGUCCGAGGGCUAUUCCUAUCCGAAGCCGGCGAUCGCCUUCGACUUCUGAAGCACCAUCAUCCGUCGAUUGGCCACUCAUCACUGAUUAAAUGACACAAUAAUUGCCUCUGUGUGCGCAUAGUGAUCCUUAGGAACGUACGAAAUUGAAUAAUUGUAAUUAACUGUAAUAUUUAAUUUAAUACUUAUCUUUAAUGAUGUACCGGGUGUUUUGCCUGCGGACUCUCCAAUCGAACUUAGUCAUUAAAAUAUGUUUAUUAAAUUUAUGUUUUAACGAUUACGCAAUGCUGCCGGAAAUAAAAACGACAAUGUGAAUGUUUAAAA